CCCCCCCCGGGGGGAGAUUCGGGGUCACCCCCGUGUCCCCUCCCCCCCCCAGAGACCCCAAGGGAGCCCCCGGAGCCCCGCGAGGAGGAGAGCGGGGGCCAGUGGGUCAUGGCCGAGCUGGUGGCCCUGGAGCAGGACCAGGCCCGGUUGGACGCUCAGGCCCCGGCGCUGGAGCGGGAACUGCGGACGCUGAUGGAGAGCGGUGCGGACCCCGCCCGCGAGGAGCGGCUGCUCCGGGAUUGGUUCUCGCUGGUUCAGCAGCGGAAUUUGCUGGUGCGGCGACAGGACCAGCUGCAGCUGCUGGCGCAGGAGCGGGACCUGGAGCGUCGCUUUGAGCUGCUGAGCCGGGAACUGCGGGGGCUGCUGGGGACAGAGGAGUGGCAGAAGCCCCCGGCCCAGCGCCAGCGCGAGCAGCUCUUACUGGAGGAACUGGUGGCACUGGUGAACCGGCGGGAUCGGCUCGUGUGGGACCGGCACCGCCGCGAGUCCAGGGCGCAGGAGGAGGAUGAGGAGCUGGAGCGGAGCCUCGACCCCCGGCGCCGCCGCUUCGGCCGCAGGGAAACGUGCGGGAUCUGCUGAGAGACCCCCCGGGACCCCCAAAACCCCCGGGACCCUCAAUCCCCCUCCCCAGGACCCCCGCGGUACCCCCC